CAUGUCUACUAAUGCGGAAACUUUGCCUGUUGUAUAUUCCUCCUUACAAUCAAGGGAGGUCAAUCCUUCUUCCGUUGCCACCAAUCCUGAUCAAAACUCGUCCACAGCGAUGAGUGCGUCCAAAAAACGAGGUCCCAUUGUAGGUCACAUGAAUGUUGAACGAUCGUCGUCGGAUGAGAAUCAGUCUUUUCCAGAUUUAAAUGACGAAUUUUUUGAAGAAAAGCCCAAAAAGUUUGGUCGAAAGACUGAGGAGAAUGAAUCGCUUUCAAAGAGAAAAGCACAGAAUCGUGCUGCACAGCGUGCUUUCCGUAGACGAAAAGAAGACCACCUUAAGACUUUGGAAACUCAAGUUGUGAGUCUUCAGCAGCUUCAUUCGACAACGAAUGUGGAGAAUGAUGAAUUGAGAAAGCGAGUUAAGCAACUGGAAGAUGAACUUGCUGCUUUGCGGAAGGGAUCGUUUACCUUUGAAAUGAGCUUGCCUCAGCGAGACCCUUCUCUUUUUUCUGUUUCCAAUAACAUAAAUGCACCAUCUGUCGAACCAUAUAAAAACUCUACAUUUGAUACUCUUCCUUCAACGCAAAGUAAUUCUAAUUCUUCAUCGAACCCGGACUCGAUGUCAGCGAACGGUACUCAAUAUGGAGUUCCUGGUUUGCAAUUCAACGGACAUAAACGAAGUUCUACCUCUCUUUCUCUUCAUCAAGACGACUCGUCCGACCAUCAGAUUCCUUCUAUGGAUGGAAAGCAGUUUUGCCAAAAACUGUCUUCGGCAUGUGGUUCCAUUGCUUGUUCCAUGUUAACGAAGAGUACUCCUCAUCGUGCGAGUGUUGAUAUUCUUACCGAGGAGAAUAUAAACAAUGACCCUUUGGAUCGCUUCGUGAAUCAUGCGAAUCCUGAGCCUCUCAAUUUAGAAAUUCUAUCCUCGAAACCGUUUUCUAAGUCUAUGUAUACUGAUGAAACGAUUCAAUCUCAAGAACCUAAAUCUGUGGAUCAACUAGCUCAUAAUAAUUUACCUGAUUACGAUGCAAUAUUCGAACCAAGCACUAACGUUCUUAAUAAUGUAAAUCAUGAGAGCAAUUCCAUAGCAGAUUUAUUCUCUACUUGGAGAGAACCUACUGAAAAUUUGGAUAAAGAUUAUUUCAAUGAUGAGGGCGAUGCCAAUGACAUGUUUAGAACAUACUUUAGGGAUACUGAAGAUGAGAAUCAGGGCGACGAAUUUUCAAUGUUCGGCAUUGGACAGCAUACUCCUGCUACUUUGGACUUUUUCAACGAAAAUAAACUAUUCGCAGACCCUUCUAGUCUAAAGAAGGACGGCCCUUAUGACAUUAUUAACGUGCCACCGGACUAUGCUAGUGUUGAUUUAUCCAAUAUUUCUAACGGUCCAUCCUUCGAUCGAAAUAAGGUACAAGAUAAACAACCUGGUGUUAGUCCAUUACCGCAGAAUCCACAAUUCAAUGUUGAGGAUGAAGUUGUUCCAAAUAAGGAAGAAACUUAUAUAAAGUGUCCCGAAGUUUGGUCUAAAAUUAUGAGUCACCCCAACUUUUCUCAAUUGGACAUCGAUGAUUUAUGUGCUAAACUGAAACAGAAGGCCAAAUGCUCAGCGUCUGGUGUUGUUGUUGAUAAGCAAGAAUUGGAUCAGACAUUAAAGAAGCUUUAGUUAUUUAUCUAUUCUCGCUCGCCUUUUAUAAUUUUUUAUGAGAUUCCGAAUCCGAAGUGAGUGAGUGUC